AUGCUCUUUACGCUGCAAAAAUGUUUCGUUUCGACAUGCGGUCACCAAUGCCCGUCCGUGUGCGGCGAAAUUUACCCCUCGGAGAAGUACUGUCAGAUAUGCGCAUCCGCCGAGAUCAAGGAGACCCCCGUGGACUUCAUCUUAGGCGAAUCAUACCAGGAGAUCAAUCUCACAGAGAACUCCUGCAUCUUUCCGAAGUGUGGGCACUUUUUGACCAUCGAGAGCAUGGACGGUCAAAUGGAUCUCCGAAAGCAUUAUUGUCUGGACGAUCUGGAAAGGCCUACCGCGAUAUCUGCAUCCUCAACACCAUUUUCGAUUAAGGACAUCCGGACAUGUGCCACGUGUCGCGGGUCAUUGAGAGGACUUUCUCGCUAUGGAAGACUCGUGAGACGUGCAUUGCUCGAUAAAGCAACAAAGAAGCUGAUUUUGUAUGUGAACCAACGGUACAUGCCACUUGCCCAGGAGCUACCCCGUGUACUCUAUGAGCUACAGAACCGCAAUAGACUCGAGGCACUAGCUGCGGCGGUGUUCCGGGGUAAUAUACAAGCCAGGCUUGAUGGACCCUCUGCGCAUCAAGUCGAACUGAUGAGCUAUCGGAUCAAGAAAACAUCCAAAGUCCAUUGGAGCGGCAUUCUGGCUCUUCGCUGCAGGUUAAAAGAGUAUCAAUAG